AUGUCAAACACCCCGUCACCAACACCAACGCCCGAGCCCGAGACCGUCGGUGGUGAAGCUGUUCUCCUUUCCUUCGCUCUCUAUAUUGGCAUCUUUGCCGUACUUGUCAUUCUCUACUCCAUUCUACGUCCACGUCUACCACGACUCUAUCAACCUCGUCGGUAUAUCGAGGAGCUCCGGUGCUCCCUUGCUCUUCGAGAAUAUACCCUAUUUGGGAGUUGGAUCGUUGGCGCUAUCCAAAUCACUGAUGAGGAGCUCUUUGCUGACGCCGGUCUUGACGCUGUUGCCUUCAUAAGGAUGCUCAGGCUGGGCACCAAGGUCGCCCUGGUGGGUUGUUGUAAUGCGAUUUACCUUUUGCCCGUGUACAAGUAUCAGGGUGUUAGUCCAGGAAAGACCGAUGCGUUAGAUCAGCACAGUUUGGGUCAUCUCCCGAACGGUAGCGCCGCUAUGGUGGCGACUUUGCUUGCUUCUUAUGUCAUAUUCGUAUGGACUUUGUUUUUGGUCUACAAGGAGUUCUCGUGGUAUCUCAAGAAGAGGCAUGAGUUUCUGGCACGACACAACGUGGCCAAUUACACUGUUUUUGUGCGGUGUAUUCCGGAGGAUCUUCGGUCGAACGAAAAACUUCGGGAGUAUUUUGAUGAUAUUUGUCCUCAUCAAGUGACUGAUGUGAGAGUAGCUUUGGACGUUGACGAGCUCGAAAAAGAGGUGCAAGAGCGAGAUGCGCUGAUACCUAAUUUGGAGCAUGCUUACAAUCUGCUGGACCAAAAGGGAAUUCGGCAGAAGACGAAGAAACCAGUUUGUUCUAAGAACGAAUUUGACACCAUCACAAUGCUAGAGGCGCAGUUGUUGUCUCUAAACCGGUACAUUUCCAAGACUGUAGAUAAUGCCAAGGCCUUUCAGGAAGUUCCGGAUGUCGACGCUCACAAGGGUUUCGAAAUCGCUGAGAUCACCAAAAUGGUACCGCUGAUUCCGUUGAAGAAGAUAGCAUCUUCGAAAACCUUCCGAGUGCGCUCAGCUGGCUUCAUCACGUUCCGGUCUCUGCAGUCUACUAUGAUGGCUUUACAGAUGCUCCUCAAUGACAAGCCCUUCAAGCUGUGCACUGAGCCGACACCGCUGCCAGAUGAUGUUUAUUGGUCUAACGUGGGAAUGCCUCAUCUCCACCAACAGCUAGGUUUGCUACUCUCGUUGACGGCGACUUUCGCGUUGUGCAUAUUUUGGACAAUCCCAGUUGCGUUCGUAGCAUCUAUUUCCAACGUAUCCUUCUUGAAACAGGAGUUUUCCUUUUUGGAAGACGCGGUAGAUGCCUGGCCAGCAAUGGAUAUUAUUUUACAGCAAGUGUCUCCGAUUGCACUGUCGAUCUUGAACGCACUUUUGCCGGUAUUCUUGAUGCUUUUCUCGAAAUGGGAGGGCCACAUCUCGUUGGCGACUCUAAACGCCUCCCUUUUUGGUAAGCUCGCGCUAUUCUAUAUUAUUCAGACUUUUUUCGUGAGUGCCAUCGCGAGCAGUUUGAUGGCGAGUCUCAAGGAGCUCACAGAAAAGCCCUUGGAGACGUUCCAGACCAUUCUGGCUACCAAUCUGCCGCAACAAGCCAAUUAUUUCAUCUCCUUCGUUUUCGUCCAAAUCGGACUUGACCUAGGCCUCGAGCUCAUCAGAGUGGUGCCAGCUGUGACGGCUUUCCUCAGGAGGUGGCUGGGCCCGAAUCUUUCGGAUAAAGAGCGUAGUCGGCCCUGGCUUGGACUGAAGCCACUGAGUUUCCCGAUGGAGCUCGAGCAGCCUCGACUGGUGUCUACCGUAAUGCUAUUUUUCAUGAUUCUUUUCGUGUACUCUGUGAUGUCGCCUAUUACGAGUUUUGUGAUGGCGUUUGCUUUCACUGCAUUUGCGGUGGUCUACAAGAUCCAGUAUGCGUCCGUCUAUGACCCUUCCCAUGAUACUGGUGGUCAACUAUGGGCGAGAGCCAUCCGGUUCAUAAUAGCCUGUGUGGUGAUAGCUGAGUUUACAGUGAUGACGGUGAUGGCUAUCAAGGAGGGUGCUGUGGUGUCACCACUGAUGCUUCCACUAUUCAUUGGGACGAUCCUGUUUUGGAUGUAUCUCGAGCAGCGUCACUUCUCAGCAGCUUCGUUCCUCUCCGUCAAGACCUGCGCCCUGAUCGAUCAGGAGCGUCUUAAUAAAGGCUUCAACGCUGAAGUUUGGGAAGGGGCGUACAACCCUAUUGCCAUGCGCCAUAGAUUCGCCGAGCCUGAGGUUCCUCUUGGGCUUCGGGAGCUUCCACCAUGUGCCGACGAUGGUGCUGAUUCUGACGAUACUUCGAGAGGCGAACCAGUAGCUGGAAAGACCGGGAGCUCUACUGAGCCGACUACGGCCGCUCUGAAUGCUGGUGCUUGA